AUGGAUCCUCUGAGCCCUCACUCGCCUUCCUUACUAAAGAUUCAAGAGGUUAUUAACCUCAUGGUUCAAGCUCAUGGCCAAAAGGAGUUGGCCAAGGUUUGUUCCCCUGACGAAACUCCUGAAACCGCCCCGGAAGGUUGGUUUUGCAUUCACGAGAAGUAUAUCUCUAAAUCCCACCUCCGGUUUCCGCUUCCAGAUCUUCUGUUAGAUCUUCUUGAUCAUUAUCAACUAGCCCUCUCUCAACUCUGUCCCUCGGUUAUCCGAGUGAUAAAUGGUUUCAUUACUAGAGCUAAAGAGGAAGGAGUCGUCGUUGGUCUGACCGAACUGAUGAGCCUUUACACGAUCAAGGAGAGCUCUAGUAAGGAUGGUGGCAGUGGCACCUACUAUCUUCCUUGCCGUCCUAGGCUCGGACUUUUUAAAUCCUCUGGUAGUGACGAUGAUUGGAGGAAAAAAUACUUUUAUGUCAAGAUUGAUCCCUCUACAGUCCCAUUGGAUAUCGAGGAUCCUCCUAAGCUUACUGAUAAGCUGUCUAGAGCUCUUUUUCGGAAAUUGUAUCAGAGUCCCAAUACUUGGGCGUCUUUCACUGUUUCCCGUAUUGGAUCAGCUAGGUUCCCGGAUCGAUACAACGCCAGGUUCCUUGACCCGAUCCCUGCUGAAGAUUUAGAAGUCUCUGAAGGUCCUUUCGUGGUAGAUCUUUCGACUGGAGCUAGUACUUCCGAAACUGAAAAAACUCAAGCUCCCAAGAUGAGGCCUUCUUUCCGUUCCAGGAACAAACCUGCUGCAGCUGCCAGUGCUUCGCGAGGUAGCGAUAAGACCCAAGGAGGAGCCUUUCUCAGCUCACUGAAGGAGGUCCUUGAUGACGGGACCUCUGUCCCUGCUAAGGAUGUUAACCCAGUUGAGCCCAGAGCUCAAGAUGUUGUUCCCCGUCCUGAGGUUCCGACGGUUGAAGCUAACCCUCAGGCUGCUAGAGAUCCUCUCGAGGUCGAACCUCCGAGAAACAAGAGGUCUCGGACUGAUUUGGGAGAUAGGCCCACCAGGUCUUCCUCCUCGUCUUCUCGGGGAGGGGCCGUGGGUUGGAACUUCUCCCAUUCUAAGCCGGGAUCGAUAUUGGAUGAUCCUUGGGGUUUGGCAACCAUCAUGAGGCAUAUGAAGACGGUGGGAUGCUCCAUGCCUUCAAUCAAUGGUCUGUCCAACAAGGAAGAGUACAUUGAGAUAGCUCACCACAUGGGUCAACUGGCCGGAGCCAUUAACAGGGCUCAGCUGAGGUUUGAAGAGACCGUGCAUGAUGCUCCUAGCGCUAGAGACUUAGCUCAGGCCACUGAGUUGUUCAAGACUACCAAGAUGGAGCUCGACCUGGCUCGUGCUCGAGUUUCUGAGCUUGAAGCUGAGGUCGGGAGGCUUGGUUUGAAGGCUGAUACUCAACAAGGGAAGAUCGAGAGUCAGGCCAUCGAUAUUCGGGUGAAGAAUAGGAAGAUCAAUGAGUUAGAUGCUGCUCGCAGGAUAGCUGAGCACCAGGUCCGAGAGUUGAUCGCUUCGUCUCGGGAGAAGUUUGUCAAGAAAAAGGAAGAGACUGAUGCUCUGAUUUACGCUCAGGAGCUUCAGGCAAACACCGAGCUUCUGAAAGAGUUAUUAUCUAAGGAGAUUGAGAAUGCUGAGGAUGAGUAUCAUCGUUUGAUGGUACUGGUCCCGGAUGCUGGUGCUGCGUACGAGAAGGCUCAAGUUUCUGAUUUCUCAGUCAGCAAGCUCCCCAUUCCCCAAUUCUCCGAGAGCUCAGGUACUUUCGAGAUUAAUAUGUUUAAUCCGACGUUUUCUGGAGAAUAUGGUUCUAACUUGGGUUCGGUCUCUCCUGACUUAGUCCCCGUUGAGGCGACCCCGGGAGGUGAUGACCAAGAUGUUGAAGAAGAGGUUCCUGCCCAGGAGGAUGAUCCUAUCGAGGAGGAUAAGGAUGGUGAAGCUGAUCCUGGAUCCAAGGAAGGUCAAGAGCCGAUGCUCUCUAUGUUUUUAAAACUUCUGCCCAAGGGGCUUCUUUAUCUUUUGCUUUCAAGACUUAUAGACUGA